AUGACAGAGGAACCGGCGGUCUACUUCUCAUCGUUCGUUGUAAACUGCGUAUUGAAUGCCUUCUUAUCUUACAAUACCAUCCUGCUGAACAUUGUAACUAUACACGUACUGAGGAAAACUCCAUCGUUGCCGAAGACUUUGAAAACAUUGCUGUUUAGUUUAACAAUUUCUGAUCUCUUGGUUGGGCUGCUGGUAGAACCUUUGCACAUUGUUCUGCUAGUCAAGGAGAUGCACCAAGACACAAGUAGCAAAGUUUACACCACAAUGCUUACCGCAUUUCUUAUCAUGGUCAAUUUUCUUUCUUCUGCUUCGUUCUUUAGUGUUGUGGCUAUAAGUGCGGAUAGAUUUCUUGCCAUUUAUCUCCAUCUUCGAUAUCAGGAACUGGUAACAUCGAAGCGCGUUUUUAUAGGAACGAUCUCAAUUUGGAUUUUCAGUGCGUCUUUUUCGAUAUCUGGUUUCAGAUGGGCCCCAGAAAAUCGCCGCUACAUUAUAUUUGCGAGUAUCGAGGUACUAUGUUACUUAUGUACAGCAAUUUUUUAUUACAAGUUGUAUGCAGCAGUUCAGCGUCUUACAAUUCAAGGUGUAGCAGCACAAGAUAUACUGAAUAUUGCGAGGCAGAAAAAAUCUGCUUUUGGAACUUUCUUUGUCUAUCUCGUGUUUUUGGUUUGCUAUUUGCCAAAGACAUGUCUUAAUAUCAUUGUUAUUAUUUUAGAACCAAGCAAGCUAAUAUACAAUACAUCAAUUUGUGCGACGACGCUAAUGUUCCUUAAUUCGUGUCUCAAUCCGCUCAUUUAUUCUUGGAAAAUGAAGCAUAUCCGACGCAACCUUGUGCAAAUUCUGAUCACUAUAAGUUCACCCCGCAAAAGGGUUGUUCAUUAAGUGACAUAAUAAAAGCAGGUGUACGUAAUUGAACUGAUAAUCAAGGGCAUCUUUUUUUGCAUGGCCAAUAAUUUUUGAAAUAAUACAAGUAUAGAAAAUCGUCUUACCCACAGCGUUAAGUCGCAGAAUUGACAAAAAUAAUCCAUCCUACUUUUGUUGUUUAAGCUCCAAAAAAGUAAGAGUUCGAAUUCGUUCCUUCUCCUUUUGUGAUCGGGCUCUAGAUCCUUGGCCCUUCGUUCAUAUUUAAAAUGAUAUUUUGCAGCGCGAACAUGACUAUUACUAAGUCAGAAUGUGGGAAGAACCAGCUAAAUUGGGGCUGAUAGAUUUCAGAUUUUUCGUGUUUUUGCCUUCUUUCAGUUAAGAG